GAAAGGAAUUAGGGUUAUUUUUAGGUGCCACAUCUGUAAGAGGGGCCAAUUUUUGGGGGAAAAGGGCAGCAAAAAUUGGAGCAUUGCAAAUGGGAAUUACCCAUUUUCAUUGAUCGACGAGGAAUACGAGGUCCGCCAUUCAAAAUCAACAUCAAAAGCUGAAAUUAAAUUAAUAGCUGGCCACUGAAGGGUGUGGGAGAGAGAGGUGUAGAAACAAAGAACUAUAAAAUCAGCGCAGUUUUGCAAACCCAGAAAGCCUUUUCGAUUUCUUCUUCGCUCCCCCAUUUGAUCUUUCACUCUUAACUUUUCAAUUCUGCAAAUGGGUGACGAUAAAAAGCCUAAAUCCGGCGUUUGGCCCACUGUCAAGCCCUUUGUCAAUGGAGGGGCCUCUGGUAUGCUCGCCACUUGCGUCAUUCAACCCAUCGAUAUGAUCAAGGUGAGAAUUCAGUUGGGUCAGGGCUCAGCGAGCGAGAUAACCAAGAACAUGCUUAAGACGGAGGGAGUUGGUGCUUUUUACAAGGGUCUCUCUGCUGGGCUCCUUAGACAAGCUACCUAUACCACUGCACGACUUGGAUCAUUCAAGAUUUUGACAACCAAAGCAAUUGAAGCUAAUGACGGCAAGCCCCUUCCUCUUUAUCAAAAAGCUUUAUGUGGGCUAACAGCUGGUGCCAUUGGAGCAUCAUUUGGCAGUCCAGCAGAUCUAGCGCUUAUCCGAAUGCAGGCAGAUGCCACUCUCCCCGUUGCACAACGUCGACACUACAAAAACGCAUUCCAUGCACUAUAUCGUAUCGUUGGAGACGAAGGUGUUUUGGCUCUCUGGAAAGGUGCUGGGCCAACCGUAGUGAGAGCAAUGGCAUUGAACAUGGGCAUGCUCGCUUCCUAUGAUCAAACUGUCGAGUUUUUCAAGGAUAACCUCGGUUUUAGCGAAGCUACAACAGUUCUAGGUGCAAGUGCAGUUUCUGGGUUCUUUGCUUCAGCUUGUAGUUUGCCAUUUGAUUAUGUGAAGACUCAGAUUCAGAAAAUGCAGCCAAAUGCUGAGGGGAAGCUUCCAUACUCUGGCUCUUUGGAUUGUGCCAUGAAGACCUUGAAAUCUGGUGGCCCAUUCAAAUUCUACACUGGCUUCCCUGUGUACUGUAUUCGGAUUGCUCCACAUGUCAUGAUGACAUGGAUUUUCCUCAACCAAGUUCAAAAAUUCGAGAAGUCUAUUGGACUAUGAGGUUCGGAAUGAUGGGGCGUUUCUUCUCGACCUGCCACAAUCGGCCACAGUCGUAAGGAACAUUUUUUCGCCCUGCUUUGAGGCUAUGUCAUGGUUCAACAUUGCACCCGUAAAAGUUUUGACUUAUUGUCUUUUUUUCUUUUUGUCGUAGUAGAGUUGAGGGGCUAAAUUGUGAGCGUUGAGUUCGAGUUCGAGUUGCGAUCGGAUUAUAGGAUUUUUUUUUUGAAGAGCAUAAAAUCCCAUUGAAAAUUUUGGAUGGGGUCAUUGAUUUGUCAAAAUAAAGUUUUGGGGACAAAAGGGAUAUGCUGAUAUCAGUUUUGUUAUCUUUCAAUAUAGACGAUUUCUUUAUACAA